AUGAUUAUCUAUCCAGACCUCAUCAGCCACAGUGAGAUUUACAAGAACCAGGAGAUCACAAAAGGGCCGUGCCUGGAGGUGGAGGGGAAGAUAGUCAGUAGGACAGAGGAUAACACUGAUGGCUCGCUCAUUGGUAGACAUGCCUCUACUGAAGUCCCUGAGGGUGAAGAAACCCAAAGCACAGUUAUCACUGGUGUUGAUGUCAUGCACUAUCACUUACAGGAAACAAGCUUCACAAAAGAAGCCUGUAAGAAAUGCAUAACAUAUUACAUGAAAUCAAUCAAAGGCAAACAUGAAGAACAGAGAUCAGAAAGAGUAAAACCUUUCAUGAUAGGGGUUACUGAACAAAUCAAGCACAUCCUUGCUAAUUUCAAAAUCUACCAGUUCUUUAUUAGUGAAAACAAGAAUCUUGACAGCGUGGUUGCUCUACUGGACUCCCGUGAGGACACUGUGAUCCUACAUAUGCUUUUCUUUAAGGAUGAUUUGGAAAUGAAAAAUUAUUAA